AUGAUAAGAGCUGUGGAAGCUGUGCAGCUCAGGUCAACCAGACGUGCCACCAGCCUGGAGCUGCCCAUGGCCAUGCAAUUUCGUCACCUUAAGAAGACGUCCAAAGAGUCUGUGGGUGUCUACAGAUCAACCAUUCACAGGCGAGCCCUGUUCUGUAAGGGCGACAUCGACGCGGGAGAGAUGAUCAUUGAUUACUCAGGCAUCGUCAUCCGCUCGGUGCUGACUGACAAGCGGGAGAAGUUCUAUGAUGGGAAGGGCAUCCGGUGCUACAUGUUCCGCAUGGAUGACUUUGACGUCCUGGACGCCACAAUGCAUGGCCAGGCCGCCCGCUUCAUCAACCACUCCUGUGAGCCCAACUGCUUCUCUCGAGUCAUCCACGUGGAGGGCCAGAAACACAUUGUCAUCUUUGCCCUGCGUCGAAUCCUGCGUGGUGAGGAGCUCACCUACGACUACAAGUUUCCCAUCGAGGAUGCCAGCAACAAACUGCCCUGCAACUAUGGCGGCAAGCGCUGCCGUCGGUUCCUUAACUGA